AUGGCAAAGUGCCUCGCCCACGCUUACCACACUGGUCGUCUCACAGCUCUGACGACUUCAUCUCGGCAAUCACCAGCUACUCCAUUGCACUUUGGGUUGACCGAUUCGGAAGUGCACGUCAUCCGUGCACACCUCCAAGGGCGAGUCGCAAACCAGCAAGCGGAAGCGGCGGCACGCACUCUCGUCGGGAUGAGUCAGCAACACUCGCUGCUCAAGCCAGAGAUCAGCCGUCGGGUCGCGCUCAUGCACGGGACGACAAAGCAGCGGUGGGAGAGGCAGGCGAGGGCGUUUUGA